AUGAAUUCACGGUUGCCAUUUGUUCAUGCCGAAGUGAUUAAGGAGGGUUUAAUAUCUGAUGUGUUUAUUGCAUCUACAUUAGUUAAUCUAUAUGCGAAAUGUGGUGAAAUUGACCUUGCUGAUAAGGUGUUCUUUUGCUUGCCUGAGCAGAAUGAAGUAUUGUGGGAUGUGUUGAUCAAUGGUCAUGCUCAAGUGGGUGAUGGGAAAGGAGCAUUUAGAUUAUUUUUUGAGAUGAUAAAUUCAGAAGUAGAAUUCAGUGAAUUUACCUUGUCCAGUGUACCUAAGGGUUGCACAAAUUUAGGACAAUCAAUAGACGGCCAACUUGUGCAUUGUUUGGCAAUCAACAGUGGUUUUGAAAUAGACAAAUUAAUGUGUUCCAGUUUUAUAGACAUAUAUUCAAAGUGUGAUAUGGUAGAUGAUGCACUGAGACUUUUUUAUAUGAUCACAGACCAUGAUGUAGUUUCCUGGAGUGCAAUGAUCGCUUGCCUUGAAAAGCAAGGUCAUAGCAGUGAAGCAAUUAAGCUAUUUUAUUUGAUGAGAUAUACAGGAGUUGAACCAAACCAAUUUACCUUUUCAAGUGUUGUUAGUGCUGCUUCUGAAUCGGGUGACUUGCUUUAUGGAGAAAGCAUUCAUGCUUCUAUUUUUAAAUUUGGGUUUGAAUCAGAUGUCUCUAUAAGUAAUGCCCUUAUCGGGAUGUACAUUAAAAAUGGUUGUGUGGAUGAUGGUUAUCGGGUGUUUGAGACAAUGACAUGGCCAGAUCUUGUUUCUUGGAAUCUAUUCUCAGGAUUUCAAGACUAUGGUUACCCUGGAUCAAGAUCAAAUGUUUUCUGCCAGAUGCUUGUCGAAGGAUUUAGGCCAAAUAUGUAUACAUUUAUUAGAAUUUUAAGGUCUUGUUCUAAUCUAUUAGACAUAAACUUCGGAAAGCAAGUUCAUGCUCAAAUUCUGGAAAACAGUCUUGAUGGAAAUGAAUAUGUUGGGAAAGCCCUUUUAGACAUGUAUCUCAAAUUUAGAUAUAUGGAGGAAUCAUAUAUAGUUUUUGCCAAGUUGAUCAAUAGGGAUGUCUUCACAUGGACAGUAAUGAUCACUGGUUUUGUCCAAACUGAGCAAGAAGAGAAGGCUAUCAAAUUCUUAAAUUCAAUGCAGCAAGAAGGAGUAAGGCCCAAUGAGUUCACUAUUGCUGGCUGUUUAGGUGGUUGUUCCCGGAUAACUGCUAGUGAAAGUGGAAGGAAACUUCACUCUAUGGCACUUAAGAGUGGACUUCUUCCUUAUAUGUUUGUUUCUGGUGCACUUGUCAAUAUGUAUGCAAAAUGUGGCUGCAUAGAAGAUGCUGAGACUAUUUUCAAGGAACUGGUUCGGCUUGAUAAAGUCCUAUGGAACACUAUGAUAUGUGGAUUCUCUCUGCAUGGUCAGGGUGAUAAGAUCCUAGAGACCUUUCAUAAAAUGAAAGAUGAGGGCAACUUACCCGAUGAUGUUACCUUUAUAGGUGUCCUUUUUGCAUUCAGCCACAUGGGUCUUGUUGAAGAAGGGAAACAACACUUAAACUCUAUGAGCAAUGUUUAUGGCGUAACUCCUAGAGAUGAGCAUUAUGUUUGUAUGGUUGACAUUCUCAGCCGUGCAGGAAGAUUUGCAGACGUUGAAAGUUUUGUCAAAGAAAUGAAGCUCACGUCUAAUGCAUUGGUCUGGGAGAAUGUUCUGGGUGCAUGUGCAAAGCAUGGGAAUGUUAAAUUUGGUGAAAGAGCAGCAAAAAGGAUAUUUGAGCUCAAAUUGGAGACAGACUCAACAUAUUACAUUCAAAUAUUUUUGCUAGCAAGGGAAAUCCAUUUGAAAUUGGAGGAGCUUGGUGAAAAGCUCAAAUUGAUUGGUUAUGUACCACAGAUCGAACAUUUGCUUCAUGAUGUUCCAAACACAGAGAAAGAAGAACAUCUUAAUCACCAUAGUGAGAAGUUGGCUCUUGCCUUUGCCCUUAUGAGCAAUAGCCAUGUGAAAACAAUACGAAUCUUCAAAAACCUGUGGAUCUGUCGCAAUUGCCAUAAUUUUAUGAAGCAUGUUUCAAAAUCACAACUCAAGAAAUAG